AUGGUUGUUGUGACAGGUGUUGAAGGUCAGGCGGAAACAUCCUCAGGUCAGGAUGAUUCUACCGAUGUAUUGCUUGCGCUUCAGAAAUAUCAGGUAAGACGUAAACAAAUCGAAGAGGAGGAAGUACGGAGGCGCCGGGAAGGUCUUUUAUCAGAUGAAGAAGACACUAGUAUGGACGAUGUCUUCAUUCCUGCCAGAUUACGGAAAAAAGAAAAGAUGCAUCGAAGAGCUCUGUUAAAACAAGUAUUGCAUGCAAAAGGUGGUGCUCCAGAUGUGGACACAGAAAAGGAAGAUUUGGAGUUUUUGGAGCGAAAACGACGGAAGAAGGAGGAGGAAAGGAAAGCAGAAGAAGCGAAAAAGUCACUUCUCGAAAAACAUAACGAGCUUUUGGAAGCAGAGAUUGGAGACAGAGAUUCAGAAAAAAGAAAACGAGAAGAGGAACAGAAACUGUUGGAAAGUGUCGCGCCUGGAACAG